GUUGUGUUUUUCAUUUGUUUACAUCUUGAAUGCGCGGUUCUCCACAAAAAUUCAAUCUAACCAGAACUAGGAAAUAUUUUCAAUCUCAUAAUACAAUCUUUAUCAUAGUCUCAGAAAUAUAAGUACAAUUAAUUAUGCCCGCUUCGGCGUCAUAUACAGACGUGCAUCGAGCGUUCCUUCAGGCUGUAUCUCAACAUGGAACCGUAAGCGCUAAACAGGCCUAUAAAAUUCUUCUGUCUGAAUACGGAAAAUAUCACAAUGAUGAAACCGUUCCAACGGAGGACGAUGUCCCGGAUGCUGUCGCUUUGAUAAACAGCAAAUUGCAUCGGUUUGAUAAAAAAAUUGUGUUCGUCCAUUACGAGCCCACGAAUGCGGAUUUCUACUGUUUCUGUCCCCAAGCGGAGACUGCGGUGGAUCGGCUCCAAAACUAUUAUUCCAAGCCAGAGCUAAGCUUGUUUCGGUUGAUGCUUAAGGAGCUGGCAUGCAGCGAGGGCCACAAAGUUCGGCCGAUUGUGUGUCUCAAUUUAACCGCGGAAAUAACGGGGAAAACUAUCACGAAGGUUCGUGCCGAGGAACUGCUGGAUGAGUGGGAAAAACUCGGAUAUUUUGUUCAGAUGGAUGAGAUGUGGUAUUUCGGACCCAAGACGGUCGCCGAGUUCGAUCGGUAUCUGAGCGCUCACUUUGCCGAGCACAUGCAUAAGUGUUUGCUUUGCAAUGAGAUGGACUUCUAUGGAGUAAAAUGCGCGAAGUGUCCGGAAACGUUGCAUAAAGAAUGUCUGAAGAAAUAUCUCAGGAGGCUAACGAAUUGUCCUGGGUGUCAGCAGCCGUGGGCCGUUUCAGUGUUCAACUGAGUUGUACUUGUUAUAUAAAUUAUGUAGAAACAAUAAAAAAUCUAAUGUCACGAUGUUCGUGACCGAACUCCUCCGAAACGGCUCAACCGAUUUUGAUGAAAUUAUGUACAUAAAACUUGGUAGGCAUGAUAAU